AUGUCGACAUUUGUUGCACUGAAUGUCGAGCCCGCUGAAGAUAUCGAGGAUGUUGAUGAUACCAAAGAAAUCCAGAUAGAGGAGGCCCUCAAAUUAUACCAAAAUGCCCUGAAGCUCCAUUCCCAGGGGCCUGAAUACUACGACCAAGCUCAGGAGGCCUACAACGCCCUCUUUGAAUCCGAAAUAUUCAAAUACCCAGAGGCUACUUCUGAAUACAAGAGAGAUCAAAUUCUAGGCUUGGAUGAUGACGACUUUUACUUUCCUGACGAGAUAGCUGAAGGCGACUCGGCGCCGGACGCCAUCAAUACAACCUCCAGUGCUUUACCCCAGACAAUAUUUUUAUCGUACAAAAAUCAUGCACAGUUCCUCUUAGAUUACCUGAAAGUGUUGCUGGAUAAACGAGAAAAGCAAGACGACAUUCAUGUAUCAAACCAAAUAAAGGAAGCUCUAGAGCAUUUCGCAGAAGCUCUUGAACGGGACGAAACCGAUAUGGAGUUAUGGAGGAAGAGCAGCCGAGUAGGAAGUGCUCUAAAAAGUCAUCGGAUUGCAAGAUUUUGUUUGGAAAGUGUGCUUGAAGGAGAUGGUUAUGGGGUAGAGGACCGUCUUGGACAACCAGGGCUAGAGCAGGUUUUUGCUGCUAGAGACCUGCAUGAAAUCCUCAGAACCCUUCAGGAUAAAGUUUCCUCCGCACAACUUCCACUUAGGCAGCCUAGAAAGGGUAUUUCUCGUCUUUUGGCAAAGCAGGCGGACCUAUAUCCAUUCCUUCCCCGUCACUCGAAAGAAACCCGCAGCUGUUCGGCGCCCCACCAGUCCGAUGGAAACAAAACCCGCCAUCGUCUCGCUACCUCUGCGAGUAAUACGUGGACAGAUGUUGGGAGCGCCAUUCUUCGAGCAUUAGCAGAGGAGUCACAGACCGACGAUUCGAUCUGGUCACCCGUGACCCUACGGAUUCAGCUCCCUAGAAAUAGCUGCUUCGUUGAGCUUCCGAUCAUUCAACAGAAUAAAAUAGGCGACUUCACAGAGGUUCGAUUGGAUGAUGACGACGACAUAGAACUCCCAGAUAGAGAGAGCGGAGAGCCGGUAACUACGGCAGAGAAGCCGAGCUCUAAAAGCCCCAAACGCGAAUCGGAUUUGGACGACGAACAAAGCACGGAGAAAAACACAGAUGAAAAUGCUAAGGAUAGUACGGACAAGGCCGAGCAAGCAAACGAGAAGAGUGCAGAACAGGACGGUGACGGAUCCCUUACUCCACCUGCAGCUGACGCAAAUGUCAAGGUCCAUGGACCUCAAUCUCGAAAGAGGUCCUCUACAUCGGUUGGCAACGAAGAGCCCACAGAUGGUGGAAGAGCAAAGAGUCGACGCAUAAGGGCGCGUGAAUCCAUCGCCGAAGCGCAAGCCCAUCAAGAUGAAAUCGUCUUCGACCAAACCAAAUACUUCGAGGACCGCUUAGAACAUUUUGCUCAUGCCGACCAAUGGAUGUUCAGUACUAGCGGUGCACUCCUUUCAAAACUAGGCGUUGAGGAGCUUGGUACGAUUGAUGAAAUGAGGCAUGCCAUCGACCAAACUGAUGGACAUACCUCCCCCCGUGGUUCGUUCCACGAGCCUAGCCUGGAAUCAGUGAGUAUGCGGGAUCUCCGUGAGGCGAUUGAGAAUUGGUCCGGGGCACAGAAUUUAAAAGAUGAUAUUUUUACAUCGCACGAUGGUCUAGCAGGAGUUAAGCAAUCCGGCCUGAAUAUUUUUCUCGAACGCUCUCGACAGGUUCAACCAGCUCUUAGUCAAAAAGAAAGCUCUUUUGAUGAUGAAGGGCUAUCACAAUUUGUGGAAUCUGUUAAUUCAGAAAAUUUCCACCCCCAGAAAGUGGCAUUCAAGUGGCUAGAAUGCCAUUUUACCUCCGAUCUUUCAUCCUCUUUAAACACCACCACUUCAUCCAACCUCCAGCCAAGCUCAGCCUACGCGACUCAACGCUGGUCCGACAGAAAGAAAUCCCUUAUAAAGGAUUUGAUUGUCAGAAACGACGAGUUUACCUACAAACACUUUCUUUCCAGUGCCUGCGAUUUCACCCAAACUUCCCCGGCUGGGAAUGGGCCGUCGGCAGAAAUGGCCCAAAGCCUCUAUGAGCUUCACCUUGAUAUAUUUGCAUCCAUGUGUUCGCCAAAUAGCGAUUCUGAUGAAUCCUACAAGGCACUGCAACGAGACCGACUCCGUCGUUGGGAGUCACUUGCGCGAAGACUGAUAAAUCACCGGGUAGAGAUAGGUGAUAAGAGCGACUUCCAAACCGGAAAUAUCUUGCGACAUCUUUGGGCAACUAUAAUGAGCUUCAAUUUGACAGCUGGAGCCGAUCGCGAAUAUGUGCUAGCAUGCCUCAAUGAUCUGAAAAGCGUCCUUACAUCAUUCGGUGAACCCGUGCUGACCUUGGUAAACAAUGCCACUAUGCCGGAGUUAUCUAUUUCGGCAGUUGAGCAAGAAAUAGCAAGAAUCAGCUCUAUGGAGUUUUUCAUGAAGGUGUUUGGCCCGGGAAAAGAAGACCCUGUGAGUCUAAUCGAGAACAUUGAGCCAAUUCUAGACCCGUCAGCUAUCGAACAUCACCCAUCCGAACUCGCCGAAGAUCAGGUUACGAACUUGCUUCACGUUCCAGCAGAAAUUCAACGAGCUCAAGAUUUGGCUUUCUUCCUCGAUCGUGGUGAUGUAACGUUGAAGCUAUUCCUUUGGCGGCGGCUCCAGAAAGCUUAUGAGUCCAUUCAAUACCCAACCAAAGUCAUUUCAUGCUCACUCAGGAGCAUCGAAAUCAUUGUUGGAGAGCUUGUAGCUCCUACAUACCUCGAGUUACCAAGUAACCAACGCCAGGAAACCUUGCUGAGAUGGCUUAAUCGCGCGGACUAUUUGAUGCUUAAUGUGAUAGGAAAGAUAUUAGAUGACCCUAAGAGCUCGUUCGAAUGCAUUGACAUGAGCCACCUUCAAUCGUCUAUGUCUGCCAUCGCGCGACUUUCAAGACUGCUACAUUCAUUCGUCCUCUACGAAGACUCUGUACGGAUUGGCCAGACCAGUCCUCCAGAGAUUCGGCCCGCAGCAGCCGCGAAAGCAUACGACCAUUAUAAGGAGAAACUCCGUUCCAUGCUGGUCAGGUCGUGGACUUUACAAUACACUCUAAUAAAAGAGGGUAUUGCGCAGAAUAAAGAACUGUUUGAUAUGCCCUCUGAUGAUUGUAUCAAUUAUCUGCGCUCAGUCCAUAACGCGCUCGGAAUACGUUCAUAUUGCAGAUACGCAAAUAAAGUUCUCUUGAAGGUGAUGAAGCAAGAGCUUCUAACCCUCGAUGCAGAAGAUAGCUAUGAGUCAGACGUGGCGCAGGUGCUGUUCGAUUAUUACGGUCUCAAGUUCUCCCCAGAACUCGAUAUUUCCCUCGAUCACGGCUGCCCCGUCGAGAAGUUGGACAGGUCUACGGCAUUAAUGAUGGUAGAUUUUGCCAUGCUGCAGGCUAAGCGGAUGAACAUCAAAGACUUUUUAAGGUCAGACUUAAAGUCUACAAUAGACACUAUACAGAUGUCUAUAGGCUGGUCUGGUAGGAUAUAUCCUGCUAUCACCCAAAACAAGAGGAUUAUAUCAGCGUUCCUGAAGUCUCCUAUAAAUCCUGCCAUUCUGUACAGAGCAGUCCAAGGAGUAAGUGACGUAUCGGUCAUCCCUGUCCACACUGAGAGCUUCAGGUUGGCGGAAAACGGAUGGUACUUCCUACUUGGGCUUGCAGCAUUCACAAAAUUCAAAACUCAAAAACGCCUUGGUCCUACGGCCACAGAUGAUCUCGAUCUAGCUGCCACCUUUUUCCGCCGCGAGCUAGAACAUGGAGUUGACCGAUGGGAAACUUGGUACCGCCUCGGACAGGUUUAUGAUGCGAAGCUCGAAGAAGACAUCACUUGGUCUGCCGAAAAACUAAAUCAUCAUCGUGCGGAUUUGACUUUGUUAGAGAGAAGAGCUAUCCAUUCGUACUCGAUGGCAAUAACUCUUGCUAUUAGAACGGCAGAUUCGUCUACGGAAACAAAAAAGACCAUAUCAGAUCUCUAUACACAAUUUGGCUUCCGGAUCUAUGCUUCUUCAAGGGAGCCUUUUUCAAUGGCCGCAUUUAGCCUGGAUGAUUUUACGAGACAUUUUAGCAGUGAUAAGAGCCAGCAAAUGUAUACAGGGAGGCCGUUUAGGGAUAUGAAGCUCUACUCCACUUGGUACUUUGCUAGUUAUCUAUUUCAAAAAGCCAUGGUUGAUCGACCAAUGAACUGGAUAAACCAUUACAUGUUCAGCAAGUGCCUUUGGAAGAUGUUUACCUCCCAAGAUCCUCUGAAGGAACGCUACAAGCCAAUCGAAGUGGAAGAUAUCCUUGAUUCUUUGGAUGCAGCUAUCGAAGCAUUGCCUAAGAAAAGAGAUUCCAGAUCUGACCCAAUUCUGGAACCUCAUUUUAAGCUGGCGUCAAUAAUUCAUAAACUGGUAAAGCGUGGAGAUUUAGAUCCAUGCAAUGCAAGUGAGAGGCUUAUUGCUACUCCUUGGGGGAGGAAACUUUCUCCAGUUGAAGAUUUGGCUGGGUGGAAGCCAUUCAUAUUGAACGUCCUGAAAAACCUCGGCACCGCUGACAAGUCAAACUGGCACCAUCGCAUUGUGGCAAGGGCUGCCCAUGUUAUAUACGACGACAGAAGGGAUGUUGAGGCUGCCGCGGCAGCGAAACACGAGCUUUCCCAGCACAUAUUCACGAAAACAAUGACACUCCAAGUGUGGAGGCCUGAAAAUGAACGACCGGGAAGGCACUUCGUGUACACAUCUCGUUACGUAUAUUUUUUUGUACACAUCAUGGACCAGCUCAACGAUAGGACGGGCUUAGAUCUUCUACUUCGUCGUGUACGGAGAAAACCCAACGACUACGUCAAUUAUACAAAGCUCUGGGAAGAUAUAUGUCUUACCUAUAUAAAACUUUUCCGCCGGUUGGGCCAUGUUCCCACAAGUCACGAAGAGGCGAUAUUCAAACCCUUAGGCCAUGAGGAAUUUGUUGCGAAUGCCACUCGUUUAGACUCUUGGACACAUUCCGAAACGGCGGAGCCAGGAUUAAUAGAUCUUGUCAGAGAAGCUGUCGAGUUGAAGAAGCUCAACGGGGGGCUGAUAAAGCCCGGUAUAUUCGAAGACUUGGUUGGAGACGUUUAUGCACUUAUAUACGAAAAGACAGUUCCCGGUAUCUUGGAAAGGAUUGCCAAAGAGGAGAACCGCGAACGAAUGAAAGUCGAUCAUCUCCUAUCAGCUGGCGACUCCGUCAACGAUAAUCACACGCCACCCCCAGGGCUUGAUAAAUCUUCAGAUAAGCCCCCGGAAAAAGCACCAGGACCUAAAGCCAGAGCCAAAGGUGUUACAAGAAGAGAAGUACAGCGAAAAGCAGAUGCUAUCGCCACCAAAGCGGCCGCAUCGCGCCCAAAACCCAUACGUCCAGCCGAUGAAGACUCGAAGCCUGUUGUUGUCGAGCAGGCUGCGACAGAAGGAACGGCCAACAAAGACGAGGCUCAAGAAGAAGUCUCAAAACCGGUUUCACAACAAACUCCAGAAGCCGCAGAAGCGACGGGGCCAGCCAUUGUCCCUAGUAGCGCGCUUCCAAGUAUUCACGAUAGUGGAGAAGACGAAAGCGAAUUAAGUGAACUCGACGAUUCAAAAAUGUCAGACCCUUCAAAACCAAGUCUGCCCAUGUUUCCUAAUUUGCUUGUUAAGCGAUUAGCGUCUCCGAAUCCCAUGUCUGAGUUGUCUUCGAACAUUAGCCACGACGGUAGAGAAACGGGUGGAGAUGUGGAUGUAGAUGGGGGCCCUGACGACGAGGGUGACGGCGAGGGUGACAGCAACAGUGAAGGUGACGGUGGCGGUGAAGGUGAAGGCGAGGGAGAGGGAGAGGGUGAUGCUGAAGGAGAGGCUGAAGAGGAGGGGGAUGGAGAGGGAGAUGAUAAUGAUGGAGAAUCAGCUCAAACCAUUUCCGUACCGGACAAUAAAUCCGAGCCCGGAGUGGUAGAUAAGAAGCCCGGACGCACUGAUGAUGCUCGAAAGUCCGAUCACUCAGAUGUGGAUAUGGAAGGAACUUGA